CUCCUUUCCUCAUACCUUCUAUCACUCCCUUUAUGAACAGAUUACGAGAGGUUGAGGCAUCGAAGAACAUGGAAGCACUGAGCAACAUUGCAAUAAAAGCUGGAGUUUGGCGGAAGACUCUCAUUCCUGGCGAGGGUAAGACACCACCAAACAACACAUCGAGGUCUUUACUUGGCGAGGGGGCGGUCAAAGGACUUCUGGAUCUCGACAAGGGGGACUUCAGGACGCCAGCACGGGAGGAGGUGGAAGAAGUGCAGGAUGAGGAGGAAGAGGAAGAGGAGGAAGAGGAUGAUGGAGAGCCGGUUCUUGGGGAGGAUGAGUACAGAAGGCUUUUGUAUCCCCAAGGAGAGCUGACGUGCAGGGGAAGAGUGGAGAAGCAGCUGAUUUUGUUGACGUUCCUGACGAGGCGCCUUCGAGAGUCCUUCAACAAGAGGUUUGAUAACGUGCACCAGAGGAAGGAAAAGGUCAUCGAGGAAAUUAAAAGACUCACAAGGAAGAGAGUUCAGCUUAAGUCUCAGGGCCUCGCGUCGCCGUCAGAGGGGGACAUUGUGGAGUUCCUCUCAGGGGCGCGGCCAGGUACGGGGAAGCAGGGUAGCAAGGAUGACGCCCACGCUCUUCUGGAGUGUUAUUUACCCUAA